AUGCAAAUGCAAAUGCAAAUGCAAUGCAAUGUGCAGGGCACCACCCUCUCUCUCGCCUGCCUCUGUCUGUGUUUUCUGCUGCCGUCGCCUCUGUCUUUCACUCGGGACAGGACAGUCAACAUCCUGACAUCUGACACUCUUCUCAUCUUUCUGAGCAUUCCUUUCUUCCUCCUCUUCUACGGAGUAAUACUAUUUCUUCUUCCCGACAGUGAGCGCGACAGCCAUAAUUCACAAUCCACUGUCUGUCCUCUGGCCUUCCUCCACCCGCCAAUUGCCAACCGCCAUGCAGCUGCCCAUCUCCAACUCCUCCUCCACCUGACAAGCUCCAACCAACUCCGUCGUCCCUCCUUUUGUCCUCCCUAG